GUCGCCCAAUCAAAAUCAAUGGCAGCCGUUAUAUUAAUCCGCACGUCGAUCCUACCGUCGGCUCUAGGUGCACCUGCGAAGAUGAUCAAGCCGAGGGCGAUCAAGUUUACGUGCAUGUCGGCUGGUUUUGGUCCAAGAAAGGAUCAAUUGAUCGGAGAUGUAGAGAGGAAGUCAGUGGCUGUAACUAAAGUAGCUGCCAUCAGCAUGGUGGCAGCUACUGCGCCACCGCAAACAAGGGAAAAGGUAGACUUGGCUACCCUCAUGGUGUUGGUACGAACUACGAUUCUACGUAAGUUAAAGGUGGUUAAGAGACGUAGACCAUGGAGUUCAGUCAUCCAAUCACUAGUUGAGAAGGUUAUAAUGGACUCUCGGUUUUUUGCCAUGAUUGGAGUAGCAGGAACCUUGCUUGGCUCAGUAUUAUGCUUCCUUGAGGGUGUUUUUUUGGUUUUGGAAUCAUAUCUUCAGUAUUUUUAUGCCCUUUCUCGCCAUUCGGAUCACAGCCAUAUCAUGCACCUACUCAUUGAAGCGUUAGAUAUGUUCUUGGUCGGAACUGCGAUGCUUACAUUUGGUAUAGGAUUGCAUUUUAUGUUCAUCGGAUCACGAGCUACAAAGGGCAAUGGAUCACCACUUCCAUCGUCAAAUCUUUUCGGGCUUUUCUAUCUCAAGGAGUUUCCAACGUGGGCCGGAAUGAAAUCCAUCUCAGAAGCAAAGUCAAAAAUCGGGCAUGCCUUAAUGUUGUUGCUUCAAGUCGGGAUCUUGGAAAAGUUCAAGAGCGUACCCUUGGUUACGGGAUUAGAUCUUGCUUGUUUUGCUGCAUCAGUAUUUGUUUCUUCUGCUGGUUUAUUCAUUCUUUCAAAACUUUCUAUGGGUACUAAAACAUAAAUUAAUUAGAUGUCCAAUAAUUCUUUUAUUUCUUAUAGAGAUGUAGUCUUUUUUAUUAUUUAAGGUUGUAUUUUGUUAGUUUAA